CACAGUCACACUCGGUGCCGUUAGCUUGAUGCAGGUCUUGUUGUUUCCGUGGAGCUUCAUGUCGGUUCACCGCUGCUUCCUGACAGCAGCUGCAUGACUGUCAUGGCUCUGUUCGAGAACUGCUCUUUGCUGCUGGAGCUGAAAUAUUUAUCGUACAAGGAGAAGAAGAAGGUUCAGUUGGCGGUGACAGAGAACGGGGGCAACAUUGCCUUUGUGGUCAAUAAACAGUGCUCUCUGGUAGUGACCAGCGAUGUGGCCAACCUGAGCUCCAACAGGCUGCGCAGCAUCCACAAGCACCAGAUCCCUGUGGUCGGAGUGGAUUACGUGUACUGCUGUGUGGAGAGAGGAGUCCGUCUGCCUGUGGACGAAUACAAACUGGACACGUCCUCCACUUCAACGCUUCCUCCUCCUCCUUUGUCUUCACCAAAGAAGACUCCACGUCCACGUCAAGUGUCUGUGAUCCAUGUGGUGGAUGAGACGCCUCAGAGGAACGAGGCUCCGCAGAGGAGUGGGAAUGUCCUGGAAAAGUUCAGGAUCUACUCUGAAACUGAUUCCAAACUUCCAUCGUUUCCUGAUCGUUUUCACGUGGCCAAGUAUUCGAUCUAUGAGAAGAGAAACAGCUGGUGGGUACUGGAGCUGCAGAGCUCCACAGGAGAGAAAGGACGUCAGUAUCGGGUGGUCAGGUACUGGAAGGAGGAUGCUGGAGCACAGAAGGCGGCGGUGAGGGACAUGCAGGUGUUUCUGUCCAGCUCAGAGGAAGCUCUGGAGGUGUACCAAUCCCUCAGAGACUCGCUGGAGGCUUCAGGCCUGCAGAAGAGGAGCUGCGUCCCCCCACAGGCCAAGAACCUGGGCUCUGCCCCCCUCCACCAGCUUCUGUUGGAGGAGAAGCUGAACACAGGACAGUUAUCUGAGGAGGUGGGCGUGUUUGUGGAGCUGCUGUGGACCGAAGCCCUCGGCUGUCUUAACGACAUCCUCAGCGUUUCCAUCGACAAACUCAGCAUCAAUGAUGUGAGCAGGGCCGAGGGCUUGUUGCUUCAGGCUCAGAAGAAGCUGAGGGACAACGAUUAUGAGGCGGUGAUUUCUCUCCUGGGGGAGUUUUACACGCUGCUGCCACACAAAAGACAAAACUUACAUCCCGAGGCCAAACUCAUCUCUCAGAAACUGGAUCUGUGUCAGUUAAUCAGAGACGUUGUGAACGUGAGUGAGAUGACUCUGAGGAGCCCGGCCCCCUCCUGUGUGGGGAAGUAUCGCGCACUGAGGUGCAGCAUUGAGCCUGUUCCCUCCAACAGCUCCGAGUUUCAGGCCGUGAGAAAUCUGCUGCAGGGCAGUAAAGUGCAGAUCCAGCAGAUUGUGCGUGUCAGCAGAGGAGUGGAGCUUCAGACAUUUAAGAGCGAGCUCGGGAACAUUAAGCCUCUUCUACAUUCCUCCAGCCCCAGCAACUUUGUGGGGAUCCUGUCUCGCGGCCUGCUGCUGCCCCGCGUUGGAGUGGAGCAUCAUGGGAUAGAGAGAACAGACGUUGGCAAUCUGGGCAGUGGAAUCUACUUUGGUGACACCAUGAGCACCAGUUUGAAAUAUUCCAAACCCAGCGUGACGGACGGCUCUCGGCUGCUGCUGGUGUGUGACGUGGCACUGGGACGGUGCAGGGACGUCCACCAGAGAGACACCACACUGACCCAGGCUCCUGAGGGACACCACAGCAUGCACGGGGUCCGGCGCACCGCUAACGCUCAGUCUGACUUUGAGGAUGAUGAGUAUGUGGUCUACAGCACUGACCAGGUGAGGCUGAAGUACGUGGUUCAGUUCAGCAUCGAGGGAGACCAACGGAAGGACUUCAGUCCCGACAUCAACACAUCGGCCGAGCUGUGUCUGCCCCCGUCCAGCCAAGACUUUGGUUCGGAGGAUAAUGGUGUGGAACAUGUUAAAAACCCUAUGGAGGAUGUGAAGGCCGGACUGUUGAACAGCUCUGGUCAGCAGCUCCCUCUGCAGGCCGUCCACGUGAAGUGCAAACUGAUGGAUCUGCUGUCCCAGGUUGUCAUUUUCCAGAAAUACACCAAUCAGAGCUCUGAAGCCAUCGAAGCGAAGUAUGUGUUCCCUCUGGAUGAUUCUGCAGCCGUGUGUGGAUUUGAGGCUUUCAUCAAUGGGAAACAUGUGGUUGGACAGGUGAAGGAAAAGGAGAAGGCUCGCAAGGAGUACAAACAGGCUAUAGAGAAAGGCUACGGAGCCUACCUCAUGGACCAGGAUGCCCCAGACGUGUUCACCAUCAGCGUGGGCAACCUUCCGCCCGGUGCCACCGUCCUCAUCAAAAUCACCUACGUGUCCGAGCUGAUGGUCAGGGACGGCAGUAUCCUCUUCUCCCUGCCAGGCAGCGUGGCCCCGUGGCAGGAGAGCGCCGCGCUCAACCAGACCACUCAGGUCACUGUGGAGAAGGUGUGUGUGACUGACAAGGAAGCCGGCAGAAGAGAGUUCACCUUGGACGCGUCGGUGGAGAUGCCCUAUGAGAUCUCCAGCCUGCAGUGUGUCACUCACAAAGUCAAGAUGAAGAGAACCGACUGUAAGGCUGUGGUCAGUGUGCUGCCAGGAGAGGUCCUGGGUCCGGACGGUUUCCAGCUGAACAUCACUCUGUCUGAAGUCCAUCUACCCAGGAUGUGGGUGGAAAACCACCCAGACAAGGACAGCCAGGCCUGCAUGUUGGUUUUCUAUCCGAACUUUGAGGUCGACUCCGGCUCAGCAGCCGAUGAAGUCAUCCUGUUGCUGGAUACGUCUGAGUCCAUGAGAGGAGAGUCUCUCCAGGAGGCCCAGAGAAUCGCCCUGCAGGUCCUCAAAGUCCUCGACAACAACGUCAGACUCAACGUCAUUUUGUUUGGCACGGGUCACACAGAUGCUUUCCUGACAGCAAAGCCACUGUCUGAAGUUCAUCAAGCUGCUCGGAGCUUCAUCAAGCGCUGCUCUUCAGUAGGGGGCAGCACCGAGCUGUGGCGCCCCCUGCGAGCUCUCAGCCUGCUGCCUCCGUCCCGCGGCGUCAGGAACCUGCUGCUGCUGUCGGACGGCCACAUCCAGAACGCAGAGCUCACCUUGCAGCUGCUCAGAGACAACUCUCAGCACAGCCGCCUCUUCAGCUGCGGCCUCAGUCCAACAGCCAACCGGCACAUGCUCAGAGCCCUGGCACAAGCAGGGGGCGGAGCCUAUGAAUUCUUCGACACAAAAACCAAACACAACUGGGCGGAGAAGGUGGCCCGUCAGCUGAAGCGUAUGGCAUCUCCGGGUUGCAGCUCGGUGUCUGUGAAAUGGCAGCAGUUCAACCCGUCAGCUCCUCCUCCUGUGCAGGCGCCCAAGCAGCUGCAUGCUCUGUUCAGUGACUGCCAUACGCUGGUGUAUGGCUUUGUGCCGCACUGCACUCAGGCUACACUCGUUGGGAACUUGAGUGGUCAGGAGCUCAAAACCAUGGUGUCGACGUCUGAGCUGCAAAAAACGAGAGGAACAUUCCUCCACAAGCUCACAGCGAGGGCGCUCAUCAGGGACUACGAGGACGGGAGCCUGGACACCAGUGAAGCUGGACACGAGGGUAAGAAAGUGGAGCUGAAGUCCUUCAUCGUGCAGUUGAGCAAAGAGUUCUCGAUCCUGUCUCAGUUCACCAGCUUCGUGGCCAUCGAGGAAAGGGAUUCUGAACAAGCAGAGGAUGGCUUCACAGACAUCCCCAAGUUGAUCGCAGAGGAGGAUGUGGACUUCCUCUCGUACAUGAGUUUUUCUCAUGAUGACGAUACCGACAGUGAUUUUUUCAAGUCAGCUUUGCUCAAAGACCUGCCCAUACCGCGGAUGGCCAGGUUCCCGUCCAGUCUUUCUGAUGACGAGUGGAGCCUUUCUUCUGACGACAAAAAAAAUCAGGCGCUGACCAGUUCUUCUGAUGACGAUGAGGUGGAACCGUUGGAAUUUGGUGACUACGAUGGGGAAUGCGCUCUUAUGUCGGCUGACAAACAAUACGGAUCCUUUUUACCUUCACUACAAACUUUAGAAGUAUUGGACCUUCCAUCUACGCCUGUAAUAGCUCUCGGAAUGUCACCAGUCAUCAAAAGGGACCGACCUCCUCCUCCUCCUCCUCCUCUUCCUCAUCCUGUUGUUCUUGGUUUUCAUUCUUUUCCUGGUUCUCCUCCUCCUCCUCCUCCUCCUCGUCCUCCUCGUCCUCCUUAUCCUGGUCCUCCUCCUCCUCUUGCUACUGGCGAUUCUAGAGCAGUUCGUUCAUGUAGAGCUAAGUCCAUGGUAGCACGAGCCAUUGAGCCAGUGAGGAAAAAAGGGAGGAGGUCCUCCCGCCCCAUCCUUCCACCACCACGAGGAACUGUAAUUCCCACAUCGUUUGGCGCCAUCAUGUCUUCCACUGAUGCACUUGACCUGAGUCAGCAACUUGAAAUUUGUAGUCGUCCGCUUAGUGGAAGAAGGUCUUCACCUGCUCCACCAGCAGCAGCGCCUGAGAUCUCUGAGGCUCUGCCUCUGUUUUGCAGAAGCAGUUCUUUAGAUGGUUCUUUCAGCGAGGGAGCUCCACUGGUGCCUCAGCAGAUGCUUGAGGCUCAAGGGGUUCCAUCUUUCGAUGCUGCAGCUGCUCCUCCGUCAACAGUAGAAACGGGAUCUGGAUUUCAAUUUGGGGCUCUGUUUGGCAGCAGCAGGUCUUCAGCUGCUUCAUCCAGCAGGGGAGCUGCACCAGUGCAUCAGAUACCAGAGGAUGUUCUGUCGCGAGUAAGAGUAGGAGGGUGCAGGUCUUUGGCUGCCAGGGGCAGGUCUUUGGCUGCUCCACCAGCACCGGUGCCUCUGAUGCUAGAGGCACCUAUCGGUUAUGCAGCUGCUCCUCAGCCAACAUUAGAAUUGGGAUCUGGAUUUCAAUUUGGGGCUCUGUUUGGCAGCAGCAGUUCUUCAGCUGCUUCAUCCAACAGCGGAGCUUCACCAGUGCUUCGGAGGAGACCAGAAAUUAACUUCUUAAAAGAACGCAUGUUCUUGGAUCGAUCUUCACGAAGUCAUGAACGUGAACGUCAACUUUGUUUCAGGAUGUCAUCAGCAGCUCCAGAACCAACCCCAAAUCCCAAAUGGAUAAAGAUCUUCCAGAUGCAGCAUUCAGAGGGCUACUGGGAGCUGACCGAGGAACUGGGUGAACUUAUUAACAUCAAUGUGGACGUCUUUGCCAACGUGUUCCUGAAAAACAAAGGCAUCCGGUCUCUAGGGGUGAGGGCACAUGCAGACAUCCUGAGGCUGGUGGCGACUCUCCUGGUUCUGCAGCUGAUGAGGUUGGAGAUGCUGGAAGAAGGCAAACUGCUCAGCAGCCUCUUCCGUCUGGAGCUCUCUGAGCCCAGGCCUCAGAGGUGGCUGAGGGUGAAGACGGCCGUGGACUGGGUCUCCUGGGCUGACCGUCAGUACCCCUCCAUCUACAGUCGGCUGGAGUUCGGUCAGAGCUGGGAGUCCGCCACCCGCCAGCUCCUGGGCUACGAACGCCUCCCUCACUUCUCCCCUCUCAGCGGCCUGGACCUUCACAGGACCACACCCCUGCUGCUGGUCCACUAAAUGAAUAGACAUUAUUUACAUAGAUAAAUGUGCAUGCAUUCAUUUGUCUUCUACACAGCAUUUGCAUCUAUCUCUGCUAAUAAGACAAGGCGCUAAAUUUCAAGGAUUUAAUCAGCUAGAGUUAUUCUGCAGAAAGAAACUGUUGCACCGUAAAAGUUAAGAUCUCUGUGAUUUGGAGCGCAUCAUUAUCUCCAGAAAAAUCCCGUCUACAGGUAAAACUAAUUCUGCGCCCCCAAAGUCUCAAUAGAUCUGAAGCGACAUUUGACAGAGACACCUAGACACGUUCAGUGAAUCAUUGCAGCUUACUGAGAUAUUCCACUUGUCCACAAUUAUCUCGAUCAUUGAGUUAGGUUUUGUGAAAACAAGUUUUUUGUUCAUGUCACUAAGUUUUCUUCAGCUGUGAUACAGAUGGAAAAGCAACGUUAAAGGAGCUGUCCCAAAAACCAAACCACACUGUCCCAGACUCCUGAAAGAAGCCUGCAGCAUGAUGAAGGCGAGAAGGGAUGUAUGAGUAAAUGAUAAAAAUAAAUAACAAAAGAUUAGUGAUCACUGAGCGCGUGAAGACAGACACAGGAUAGUAUCAUUACAGAAAUAUUUCUGAUGUUUUUGGAGAAAAGAAGGGAUUCAUCAUGCUUCUUAAUAACCUCUGAGGUUUGUUUAAUCAUUUUAUGCAUUUAUUUUUUUUUUAUCAUUUCACUUCAGUGAGUAAUGCUCAAAUCACUUAUUUUAUUUUUAUUGUUAGCUGGCUGUUGUUUAUCGUUUAUUAUGUGAAAUAAUGAAGAGAAAUAUAAUCUUUCCUGGAAAUUCA